CACUACUGUUAUCGAUAAAAAUAGCUUUUAACCCAAUGGAUAUUAUUUGAAUUGUAUAGUACGUACAACAUGUUAAUAAGAGGAUAAAGUAGCGUGUAAACUGGUAACAAGACGAUGAGUGUUAAAUACUAAUUGUUGACGCGUAUCGUUUGAAUAUGAUUUAAUUUGGGAGUGUGUAAUUCGCUAUUAUACUGUAUUUAUAAUGCUAUAGUUGCAUGAGCUAUAUCUGAACAGAAAAUGAAUACAUAUCAAAAGGCGAUAUAACAUACAGAUAAGUUAAAAAAACAACGAAAAAACCCAUUAAUUCAUAUCAUGUGAAUAUAAUUCCAUUAUGAGGGUUGUACUGAAAUUGAAUUUAUGUCAAUAGAGGACGAUGUACUAGUGCUUAGUAACGAAAAAUAGAGAGAGAAAAACAUUGAUUCAUUUUGUAUCAAAUAUAUCACUGCAUACAUAUUUAUUCGUCUGCUUUUCAGUAUGGCGAACUUUGUUACGUCAAUAAUGCAGUGAGCAUCUGUUGUACGCUGUGUAUAAAUGUCAAAUGUGUUUUCAUUAUUUGUGUAACAAAGGAGUCACGUGAUUUCCGUUCGAUGGAGCAGCUGGAUUUAUAAUUACAGAUAUUACGUAAUUUUCAAAAUGGCGAGUGCGCAAACACCCCUGCAGUUGUAUAUCCUCGGAAACCAACAUAACGUGCAGCAAUGUCUUUUACUCCUGACAGGGAAGACAGAGGAGCUGAAUGGCGUAUGGACAGUGUUUGCUGACAGUUUGAUAGGAAAAGGUGACGUAAUUAUGAAAGAACAGAAGGAACAUGAGAUGGAAUGUGAUUAUAGCUUAGAACUGAGUAGUGCAAGUACAUUCAGCGGUAAGCGACCAUUUGCGACGUCAUCAGUGCCAUCUCUAAAUAUGAAGCGACUGAAAUCGUUCGGCCAUUCUACCGAUAGCUGUUCAUCUCAAAACAACUCAAAUAUUGAUAUUGGAUACGAAUCAGACAGUACACAAUCUACUGAGCCCGAAGAAAGAGAAGUGAGAGCUGAUAUCAAUGCGAUCGUUUUAGAAGACGAGCACGGACUGCACAUGAAAGUUGCAUCGUUUAUGUUUAAGCUCUUCACAUGGCCGGUCCUUAUUGUUCUUGCCAUUGACAUGGAAAGUACUGCUCUAGAGCUUUACGAAAGUUUCAUCAAAGAACUUGGUAUACUGGCGAAACUACAAAAGGAUGACUCUUCAAAACUCCUACUUGUUGGAAUGACCCCUCGUUGUACAGAAGAAUCUAAUGCCCACACAAUGCUCCUUUUGGAACAACAGAGAGAUAACCUACAGUGUGGUAUCUUUGAGUCGUAUUUUAGUACAUAUCUUGACUGGUGUGAAAUCAAUCAACUUCUUUGUAAAAUAGAGCCAUUGCUGUAUGCAUCCCAAAGUCAGUCCUGUAAAGAAGUCGUUGGGAGAAACAGAGUUAACAAAAUGCUCAAAGGACAACGCUUCCUUGAAACGAAAUCUUGUGAUAAAGAGGAGUUAUCAUUACUCCGCGAGAGGAAAUUGCUUCUCUGUUUCAAUUCGGGAAACAAGGAAUACGUGUGCAUGCCAGAUGAUCUUAUCAAUGAGUUUGUUCGUAUAUUAACAAAAAUGUCUGGUAUUAGAUACAGUUCAAAUCUUCUCGAUUUUUUGAAAUUGAUCGAACAAGUUGGGGAACGAAAACUCUUUGUAGAUGCAUUUACAGAAGCUGGUGUUAUUCACACGAUGCAAUUUGCUUCACAUAAAACGGUUCACAUAAUGCCAUUGAUCUGCAAAGAGAAAAUCCCAGUUUCUGACGACAUGGAAUACUCUGUGGACACAAAUGCUCUUCGGCUUAGGGUUGAACUUGAUAUCAUUCCGACCUUUGUGACAGCAAACAUUAUAAAACUCCUUCAUGAGCAUGAGUGGACAUUAAGAUCGUCGGCAACAGACGCUUGUGUAAAUACGGAUUCGUUUGUUUUUGUGAAACAAUCACGUGGGCUUAUUGUUCAGUUAGGUGUAUUGCCAGAUGCAGCAUCAUAUAUUUGUUUUUGUGGCUUGAGAAAUGCUAGUCACAAGGAAUUAAGCUCUGAUAGUGAAUAUGAGCUACUGAGAGAACUGUUUGAAUGUGAACUUAAAAAAUGGAAAGGUGUGCAAUCACCUGACGACAAUUUCAUUUCAUAUCAUGUCAAGCCGAAGGACAGCUGUGAGUGUAAAGGUAUCUUGAAAACGGAUGGAGAAGGAUGGAUAAAAGUUGACUUGGAGAAGGUUGAUCAACUUCAUGUCACCAAUGUUACUGAAUUGCUAUCACCUUGGUUUUCUUCAAAGGUGAAAGAAAUUGAAACAGAAAUGAGCAGAAAAAUGAGCGACGCUUUUCUGGCCGAGAUCUCUGACCUUUUUGGCUAUGGAACAAAGCUGUUUUUUGUGUCUGAGGAGCUACCAUCAGAAAUGUUGUCUCAAAUUGAAAUAGAUAAUCCAAAAAGUACAAAAGACGCUACAUUUAAAAUGUUGCUUGCCUGGCGAAAACGGAAGGGACUGAAAGCUAACAUUGCCGCACUACGGUCAGCUAUAAAUACAAGCAGCCUCGUGACUGUCAACUUGCACGACUUUGAUGAAAUGGCCAAAAAACACCACGGGAACAUAUAAAUACUACGUUCUGUCAUAUAACUACUAUUUAUUUCAUAGUUGUCAUAACAGGCUUGUUUUCAAAAUCUUUUCUUACUUUUAAAGGUACCUUAUAAUGAAAUAUGCACUUUUAUGUUACUGAUCUCUAGGAUUGGUAGCAGGCACCUACUGAAUUUUGAAGAUAUCUUUAAAGAAAUAAAUUUAAAAAAUAUCUAAUGGCCAUAUAGUACAUAUAACCUAUCUUUAGAGUUUGAGUGCCAGUAUUCUGCGGAAAUAUUUUAAAAGAAAUUGACGGAAGUAUUCCUGUUAUACAUACAUAAAUAAAAAAUGUGUCGUCUAACCAACAAUAAGAAGAGAGUCAGUUGUCCGUCCGCCUGUAUAAACAUUUCAGUUUUCUACCAGCAGUUGUGUUCAGUAUUGUGUACAGUAUAUUUGACAGUUAUGUUUGUAUAAUUAGUUUGUAUAUAGAUCAAUUUAAUUUACAUUUUUGAGAUCUCAGUUUCAGAAUCAGCAUGACCAUAUAUAACAUGUAUUAAGCAGAAACGUGUUUAUGUUAGAUUUAAACAUGUAUUAAAGCGUAUUUAUGCUUUCAGAGACACUUGAAACCAAUAAUCGAAAGAUGGAGCUUCGUUGCAUGAUAUUUGCAUAAUAGUUACGAUAACAUAAGUACGUCAUGCCCUGAACAUUUUAACAGUUAAAUGUCUGCUUGUUAUUGUACGUUGAUGUAUGUGAUUUAAUUGUUUGGUAGCAUUGUGCAAAGCAAUACUGUUAAACUUCCUUGUUGCAUUCUAAAUCUACGCUGUGCUCAUGUGCAUUUUGUCAUCUGCAUUUUUGUCCAUGUAUUACAUUAUUGCAAACAAAGUAUGUUUUCAGGCAGCUUGAAAAUAAAAUUUGUUUUAAAGAAAAGA